UAUGAAUGGAGGCGUGUUUGUGCUUUAGAACUUGAAAAAAUGGCGGGGAAGCGACGGAACAGUCACGAUGAAAAAGUGCUGUCCUCGCUUCCAUUGAAGCUACGCGGUCGUCUGAUGGAUUUUCAGAAAGAAGGGAUUUGUUUUGCAGUUAGAAAAAAUGGAAGAUGCUUGAUUGCAGAUGAGAUGGGACUCGGUAAGACCUUACAAGCUAUUUCAGUGGCAUACUACUACAAGAAAGAAUGGCCAUUAUUGAUAAUUGUGCCAUCGUCGCUGAAGUUUGUAUGGGUAGAGGAGAUCGAGAAAUGGCUACCUGAUGUCCAGCCAGAGGACAUAUACCUCAUUCAGACAGGUAACGAUGCUAGUGGAUUUGCAGAAGCCAAAAUCUCCAUUACAACAUUUGGAUUGCUGUGCAAGUCGACUAGUAAACUCCUUCAUGAAGCUCUUACUAACCAGAAGUUCCAGGUUGUGAUUGUCGACGAAUCACAUUCCAUACGUAACACCAAAACAGCGUCCUGUAAAGCUGUAGUCCCUCUAGUCAAGUCAGCCAAACGAUGUAUGCUGUUGUCUGGAACCCCUUCCCUGGCUAGACCUGUGGAGUUAUUCCCUCAAAUUGAUGCCAUUUGUCCAGGAAAAUUUGGCACAUGGUGGAACUACACAGCCAAAUAUUGUGAUGCAAAAACUGAGACGUUUGGUCGGGUCAGACGUCGGCGUGUCGAUGGGGCCAGUAACCUAGAAGAGCUGGCCAAGCGCCUUUCCGACAUGCUGAUGAUUCGCCGACUGAAAAAUGAUGUUCUCACGCAGCUGCCUCCCAAACAGAGACAACGUGUUCUGUUUCAGCUGAAAGACUCGGAGAUAAAAACUGAAAUAAAGAAAACUUUUGAGGAACUGAAGCCACUAUUGACCAAGGGUAAAAACAAAAAUGAUAUGAUGAACGUCAUGCAGCAGGAUGGUAGGGAAGACCACUCUACCAACGCCCUUAUACAGAGACUCUACCGACUGAGUGGGGAGGCCAAGAUCGGACCAGCUCGUGAGUACAUUGAGAUGUUGUGUGAGAAUGAAAGUCUAAAAUUCCUUGUGUUUGCCUAUCACCACAGCAUGAUGAAUGGGUUACAACAGUCCCUAUACAACAAGAAUGUCAAGUUCAUUAGAAUAGAUGGAGAGACACCCACCUCAGACAGACAGGUAUAUGUUCAGCAGUUUCAGUCGGACCCAGAGAUCAAGGUUGCCAUACUGAGUAUCCUGGCUGCAGGAACGGGGUUGACUUUCACUGCGGCCUCCCUUGUUGUGUUUGCGGAGAUGUACUGGACACCAGGUUUGAUGAUUCAGUGUGAGGAUCGUGCCCACCGUAUUGGUCAGAAAUUUUGUGUAUCCAUACAUUAUCUAGUUGCCAAGGACACAAUGGACGAGUGGGUUUGGUCAGCUGUUUGUAAGAAGACUAUUGUGACAAGUACUACACUGAACGGCAAGAGGCAGGAGCUAGCGGCUGACAAGGGAAAUCACUACCAGAUCGAGGUUUUGUCAAAUGCUGAAGCUGUCCUUCCCGCUAAGGACAUCGACCUGUCCGGCAUGUUUGUAUCGCAGCAGCCUAAAGACCAAAUGUCUAUUUUGGAUUUCAUGACAUCCAGCAAAAAAAGAAAAAUGUCGGGUCGGGAUAGAAAUCGUAAACGAAUGAAGACGGACACUAGUAUAGACAGUACUGAUGUCAUAGACCUCAUAGAGGACGAUGUGUCUCUGAUAGAUGGUGAGGAGUCUGUGGUAGAGGAGGAGGAUGUGGUGGUAGAGGAAGAGGAAUCUGUAGAUGAGGACAACAACCUUUCUGAUGACUGUUUAAAUGACAUCAGUCUGAAUCAUCCAGGAAAACGUCAUGAGAAAUGUAAGAAAAUUGUGUUACAGGAGCAGAAAUAUGUUGUAGAUGAGGAUGAUUUGACGGAAGAGGAGGGUAACAACCUUUCUGAUGACUGUUUAAAUGACAUCAGUCUGAAUCGUCCAGGAAAACGUCAUGAGAAAUGUAAGAAAAUUGUGUUACAGGAGCAGAAAUAUGUUGUAGAUGAGGAUGAUUUGACGGAAGAGGAGGGUAACAACCUUUCUGAUGACUGUUUAAAUGACAUUAGUCUCAACCAUCGAGGAAAACGUAAAAAUUCUCAUAAAAAAUCUAGUGUCAAAAGGACAGAUGUUCAUAUUCAAAAAGAUUUUUCAAGUGAAACCCCAACAAAUCGUUCCAGAAAAUUUGGAAAUUUUCAUACAAAUCCAAUCUCCCAAAAGACGAAAAGUAUUUGUUUAGCAAUAGAAAAUGAGGAUGAGGAUUUUAUUGAUACGCCUGGACGAACAGGAAAAACUGCAGGAAAAAUAGCAAAUGAAAGAAGAGUUGUUUCCACAUCGAAAAAGACAAAAAUAGACAAAACUAAACCUUGUAACAAACUACGAAGGAAGCUGAGUCUGUGUCAUCAGACGACCACUAACCCUGUUAGGGGGUCAGACGCGGAUGGAGAUGUUAUGUGGAGCUGCGCAAUGUGUACUUUCCAGAACCAUGUUGAUCUACCUUACUGUGAAAUGUGUAAUGAGUCGAGGACGACAGCUUUAGUGACAUCCCAACAAGAUAGGGGACUGAGACAUUCAACAGAUUGUAGCUUGUCACCGACAAAAUCUAGGGAAGUUCAAAACUUACUUGGUUCACCGAAUCAUAAACAGUCGAAUGUGUCACAAAACAUACAAUCAACAGAGAUAGGAAGCAUGUGCAGCCUGUCGAAGGACAAGCAGCGUGAGGAGGAAACUUCCGUCAUGUCAAGUCCUGGUGUGACAAAGCCGUGUGACAAAUAUAUUCAAACAACCCCAGGUAAAUCUAGUCUUACGAAACAGUGUGACAAAUCUGCUGGGAACAGCCAGUGUGACAAAACUAGUCACACAAACCAGUGUGACAAAUCUGGUCCAGUGACCUUUUCAUCAGCGACCAGGUCACUGGGUGACAAUGAGUGUGCGACCAUGGAAGUGAUUAGUCAGGAUGGCAGUGAGUCAUUGUUUUCUGAUGGCACACACAAUGCGGAUGACAUUUCUUCCUUUUCCACAGAAUCUGACCCUCAUACAGAAAAGCAUCUUGAGGACACUAUCUGCGAUUAUGAUGACAGUGACCUUGAAAUUGGAUCUCAAUUUGAUCUUCAUUUUGAAUCCGAAUUGGACCCUGAAACUGAAUCUCACCUUGGGGAAGAUGUCGAAGCUCACGAUGACCAGAAUAUAGCAACUGGUGCCGUUUUAAGUGCUUUUGAAGAGAAAUCACAGAGGAAGGAGAACAGAGAAGUAGACGCUGAGGAAGAGACGUUAAGGAAGGAAGAAGCAGGCGGGAUUGAGGAUGUGAUGGAUGACAUAUUUGAAGAUGAUUGGGAGGAGGAAGUAUUGUCACAGUACAACUCAGAAGGAAGUCCAACACAAGGUACGGGUUCAAACACGAGUGUGCGGGUUGUAGACUUGGACAAGGUGACUGUCCACUCUCAUCUGUUAUACUGUUGUAGUAGGUACACUGGGCGUGUCUACCUGUUUGACCAGGACAGCCAUUCUCUGGAUGCUAACUUCCUGCCUUUAGAUGUAGAGCUUGGUAACCAGGAUGCAUUACCUGAUCUUCUGUUACAUCCUAAUAACCUAAGACUGGUGGAGAGGUUUGUCAGGGAGUGGAACAGUCUUACUGAAACCAAACGGAGACUCAUCAUGAAGAGUGGUAUCAAGUUUAUAAGUCCGCUGAGAACAUACGAGGAUCUUCGUAGCGGGAAGACUCACUGCUCCCAGCGACACAUCAGCAAGGAGGACUUGGCAUCCAGAGCCAUUAGCAAGGCACAUGAAGUGAAGGGGUCAACAAGAGUCAUCAAUAGACCUCAGGUUCAAGGUCAAAGUUCACCCAGAUGUGAAGAGACUACGACAGAGACCCAAUCACAGGGUUUGGUACAGGCUGUUAGUGAGGACGGCACUCCUUUGUGUGUACACUGCUGUACUGUUUAUAUGUUUUUGUUUGUCCUAGGCUGUUAGUGAGGACGGCACUCCUUUGUGUGUACACUGCUGUACUGUUUAUAUGUUUUUGUUUGUCCUAGGCUGUUAGUGAGGACGGCACUCCUUUGUGUGUACACUGCUGUACUGUUUAUAUGUUUUUGUUUGUCCUAGGCUGUUAGUGAGGACGGCACUCCUUUGUGUGUACACUGCUGUACUGUUUAUAUGUUUUUGUUUGUCCUAGGCUGUUAGUGAGGACGGCACUCCUUUGUGUGUACACUGCUGUACUGUUUAUAUGUUUUUGUUUGUCCUAGGCUGUUAGUGAGGACGGCACUCCUUUGUGUGUACACUGCUGUACUGUUUAUAUGUUUUUGUUUGUCCUGGCUGUUAGUGAGGACGGCACUCCUUUGUGUGUACACUGCUGUACUGUUUAUAUGUUUUUUGUCCUAGGCUGUUAGUGAGGACGGCACUCCUUUGUGUGUACACUGCUGUACUGUUUAUAUGUUUUUGUUUGUCCUAGGCUGUUAGUGAGGACGGCACUCCUUUGUGUGUACACUGCUGUACUGUUUAUAUGUUUUUGUUUGUCCUAGGCUGUUAGUGAGGACGGCACUCCUUUGUGUGUACACUGCUGUACUGUUUAUAUGUUUUUGUUUGUCCUAGGCUGUUAGUGAGGACGGCACUCCUUUGUGUGUACACUGCUGUACUGUUUAUAUGUUUUUGUUUGUCCUAGGCUGUUAGUGAGGACGGCACUCCUUUGUGUGUACACUGCUGUACUGUUUAUAUGUUUUUGUUUGUCCUAGGCUGUUAGUGAGGACGGCACUCCUUUGUGUGUACACUGCUGUAUUGUUUAUAUGUUUUUGUUUGUCCUAGGCUGUUAGUGAGGACGGCACUCCUUUGUGUGUACACUGCUGUACUGUUUAUAUGUUUUUGUUUGUCCUAGGCUGUUAGUGAGGACGGCACUCCUUUGUGUGUACACUGCUGUAUUGUUUAUAUGUUUUUGUUUGUCCUAGGCUGUUAGUGAGGACGGCACUCCUUUGUGUGUACACUGCUGUACUGUUUAUAUGUUUUUGUUUGUCCUAGGCUGUUAGUGAGGACGGCACUCCUUUGUGUGUACACUGCUGUAUUGUUUAUAUGUUAUUUUGUUUGUCCUAGGCUGUUAGUGAGGACGGCACUCCUUUGUGUGUACACUGCUGUACUGUUUAUAUGUUUUUGUUUGUCCUAGGCUGUUAGUGAGGACGGCACUCCUUUGUGUGUACACUGCUGUAUUGUUUAUAUGUUUUUGUUUGUCCUAGGCUGUUAGUGAGGACGGCACUCCUUUGUGUGUACACUGCUGUAUUGUUUAUAUGUUUUUGUUUGUCCUAGGCUGUUAGUGAGGACGGCACUCCUUUGUGUGUACACUGCUGUACUGUUUAUAUGUUUUUGUUUGU